CAACUCCAGAAGUACAGUACCUCAAUCCCUCGAUAGCCGCGGCAGUGGGGUGCCAAUGACGGGACGACACAACUGCAUGUUACAGGCUAAACUUUGGAUAUCUCAAACGCCAUUUACUGGACCGGGCCGGUUUAUAAGACGCGGAGGCUCACAUCCGCAGCAGGAAGCUGGCGCACUGUAUGGAAGCGGACUGCAGUACCGUAGGGUUCUGCCGUGGUGUCAUAUAAAUGCCGCCGGGGAACAUCUACAACUGCCCCCGAUUGUGUGGAGGCAGUUCGUAUAAGACGCUGGUCGAGUACGUGGUAGCCAGGUCGGGCGUUUCCAGUCCCGUUCUCUGACCUGAGCCAUCCUUCGCCCUAAUCCAGUUUCCACUCCUCCACACGAUGAAAGCAUCGUCUAUCCUCGCGGCGGCUGUGGCCGCCUCCGCAGUAGACGGCGCAGUUCUCUGGGACGGGCGCUUCAACGACCUCUCGUCCUCGCGGGACCUGCUCACCUGGUCGUGGAGCAACCAAGUCGGGCCGUACCAGUACUACAUCCACGGCUCGGGCUCGGUUGACCGAUACGUCAACCUGUCACCCGACUACAAGAACCCGAACGACACCGUCUCCAGGCAGGGGGCCAGGUUCACGCUCGACAGCACGGCCUUCUGGAACGGGCAGAACAUGCGCCGCACCGAGCUGAUCCCGCAGACGAAAGCCGCCAUCCACCGGGGCAAGGUGUUCUACCACUUCAGCAUGAUGCGCAAGGACACCAACGCGCCGAGCGUCAACCGCGAGCACCAGAUCUGUUUUUUCGAGAGCCACUUCACCGAGAUGAAGUAUGGCUGGAUCAGCGGCGAGCAAGGCACCAGCAACGCCAACCUGCAGUGGAUGACCAGCCAGCAGAGCCGCUGGAAGACGGAGUGGAAGGCCGGCGUGUGGCACAACAUUGCCUACGAGAUCGACUUUGGCGCCAACAAGGUCGGCUUCUGGCACUCGGAGGGCGGCGACGACUUGAAGCAAAUCGUUGCGCCUGUGUCGGCCUCGACGUCGUCCAACGGCGCGGACUGGCACCUGGGCGUCCUGGAGCUGCCGCGGUCCGGCUAUCCGGAUACCAACGAGGACUUUUACUUCUCGGGCGUCUAUGUCGAGGAUGGGAUCAUCACCACCAAGAUUGGCGGGCCUGGUACGUGA